AUGUCUCAAAGACCCUGCCCGCAUCCUGGAUGUGAUUACAGUGUCAACAUUCGACUGUGUCGUGGAACUAAAGUACCCGAGCACAAAGGACUUUGGUACGAAGCAUGUACCGCUCCACCACCUACCUCUCACUUUGUUGGAUGGGUGCGAGAACGUGGUAUUGGAGAGGUUUUACCAUUUCCCACACCAACAACAUUCCAACAAGCACUAUUGCAAGUGCCCAGAACCCCACAUAAAGUAUUACCGUUCAAUAAACUAGGCAACAGUCCAAACACACCUUCUUGCUCUAGGUCUCAAAUUUCCGUAUCACCAUCUACAGCAGCAGGUGUUGCUGCCGUAGCUCGAGCAGCAGAUGCCGCCGAAGAACUCGAGAAAGCUAGAGCGGCAGAGCUUCUUGUUUCAGCGCUUGAAAACUAUAACAAUCUGCCUAACUUGGACUCUGGUGACGUUGAUGUGAAUGAUCAACCGGACAAUAUAGACGACGAUGUGCUGCUUACUCAAACAAUUGCUGCAACGGGACCUGUAACUCCUUCGAAGUCUCAAUCAACUGUUAGUCCAGAGCUGAAGUCUACAGAUGCUAUUUGGCCUCAUGAACAUACUCGCCGAAUUGUCAAAGCUGGAAAAGCCAUUAUCGCCUGCAACGGUCCUAUUUGUUUCAAUAAUGUGGCAAAGGGACUGGAUUCUUUCCAGAAGGAUGGCGCCAAACCAUGUGCUCAAGCUUCUCAUUCAGUUUCUGGAACCCAGUCAACAGACCAAUCGGAAUCAGAGGUUUUUUCUGGAAGUAAACUUACAGGCAUUUCAACCGCAUCGGGUGUACGGCUCACUAAUGGAUCAGGAAAUUCAUAUAACGGAAAUCUACCAUUGCGUCAGAUACACUAUGAAAGAUCGCAACAGGCCAGAGAAAAGUACCAAAUUGGUACAAACCGUCUUGUACAGCAAAAGGCUAUCGAAGAAACAAUGAAAUCAUCGGUCACUAUUUUCUACUGGAAAAAUGAUGGAAAGCACACUACCUUUCGAAUUCCAUGUUCAUCUUAUCCUGUUUUUACCUUGGCUGGUUGUUCCGCUGGAAUACUCAAAAUAUUGGGCCUUUAUGACGACGAGUCAGACAAACUUAUUGAGGCUUUUGAUCCUGUCAACAAUACCUGGCAAAUUCACAUGCUUGAAACCGCUCAAGAUGUAUCAAAAGUCCCUAGAUUGCUAUACCGAGCGUUAGAAAAUGUGUCUGAUAUGGCAGAAGGGAUGGAGGAAGAAACCAACCUACUCGUUAAUUGGGUGCAGCCACGGAAACGCCAUAUCGAGCUUGCUACUGAACCUUGCACAAAAAAACCCAGGAUGACUCCGUCUUCUUCAAAAACCCCCAUUGCUGGGACGUCACAAAUCCAGGAGACACCAACUAGGUUGAAACUGAAACAGCAUCCUAUUGCUGGGACAUCACAGGAGACACCGAGCAGGCAUAUUGGACACCUUCGUAGUCCUGUCAAAUCAGAAAGUGACCACGCACUUUCGGAUUCUGAUUCUAGCGACUUACCUUCUCCGUCUGAGAUAAGAAAAACCCUUGUGCCACAAACAAAGUCAAAAAGUCAAGCCCGUAAGAAAGUGGCGGUGUUGCCUAAUCGUAAUCACAAGCGUAAAUAUCAAAGCUCGGAUCCUGGAACCGACUCCAACUCUGAUUCUGAAGUCGAGAUAGCAGCAACAGCUCCGAGCUCCCGCCAUGCUCCCUGGCCAUUUAAGUAUGUCUGUGCAAUGGCAGAAGGAUUCAAUAAAAUGGAAACCAUGGAGGGAAUGGGAGACUUACCUUCACGGUUUACUGCUGCCUUCAAAGGUAUUCCUUUUCCUUCUAGCAAGGCCACUUUUUUUGCUGCGCAAAAUCUCUGGUUGGCAGCCGAUGAGGAGUUAAAAGAUGCAUAUAUUCACGCAAAAACAACGCCUGAGGGUCUAUGGAAAGCUUUUCGGAAAGAUGUUUUAGCAGAAUAUGGAGGGAAAUUACCGAGUCGACGAGAACUUAUAUCAUCACGACGUACCGGUUCUGCUACCGAGACUGAGAGAGUGACAAAAGGAAAGGGCAAGGAAAAAAUCAGUAGAGGAAAAGUAAUUGGGAAAGACGACACCCCAGGUUUGAAAAUAAAGAAAGAGCCAGAAGUAAUCGUACUUGACAUCUCGGAUUGA